GCAGCCCGCUCGCAAGCAGAAGGGGAGAAAAUUCUGGGUCGGACAGUGGAAGAGAGAGUCAAACAACAGCAAUUGUCCGGCCUGCGAAAAUGGUGAAACGAAAGGUCGCCGCGCUCGAGAAAGUCGAGGCCGACUUGGUCAACUUGCAGUACAAAAUCAGGAGAGAUCCCAGGUCAUAUGCCCAGGAAUUUUACGACCAGUGGCUUGCGUACGACGCACAACGGCAGAUCUUCUUAUCGUCUCCGGCGACCGUGUCGAGUGACGACACCAAGAAAUUUCACGACCUCGUCGACCUCGUUGCACACGUCGCCGACCUGUACCCCGACCUCACCGCCCCGUUCCCCGGCCACCUGAAGGAGCUGCUGAACCGGCACCAUGCGACUCUCGACAAGGAGCUGCGCGAGAAGGUGGUGGGCAGUCUGGUGCUGCUGCGGAGGAAGGACGUGAUCGACUCGACGAGCCUGCUGACGACCCUAUUCCCGAUCCUCAUCUCAACACCGAGCAAGACGCUGCGGUCCCUGCUCUAUACCAAGAUCAUCAGCGACCUGAGGGAGUCGAACUCGAAGACGACGAACCACCGCCUCAACCGGACCAUCCAGACCGUGCUGUACAACCUCGUCACCUCGGACCGCACCUCGACCAAGGGCAUGUGGGCGACGCGGAUCACGCGCGAGCUGUGGCGUCGCCAGGUAUGGACCGACGCCAAGCCAUGCGACGUGAUGAAGGAGGCCUGCCUCAGCGACAACGAGAAGGUGGUUGUUGGCGGUGUGCGCUUCUUUCUGGGCGGAGACAAGGAGCGUGAAGAGCUGGAGGACGAGUCGAGCGACGAGGACGUUGACCUUAAGAAGGUCAAGCACCAAGGGACCAUCAAUAAGAAAACCAAGAAGCGCGCCAAGGCGUACCAAAAGGCACUUGACAAGGUCAAGAAGCAAGAACGCAAGAAGAACGCGCCGCAACCAUUGAACUUCUCAGCCCUGCACCUCAUCCACGAUCCUCAGGGGUUCGCCGAGAAGCUGUUCCAAAAGCACUUGCAAAAUGCGAAGAACAAGUUCUCGCUCGACAACAAGCUCCUGAUCCUACAGCUGGUGACCCGCCUGGUCGGCCUGCACAAGCUCACCAUCAUCUCCCUCUACUCGUGGUUCGUCCGCUACCUGACGCCGAAACAGCUCAACGUCACGUCGUUUCUUGCCUCUCUGGCCCAGGCAACGCACAACCUUGUGCCGCCAGACGUGAUCGAGCCGUUGGUGGUCAAGAUCGCCAACGAGUUCGUCUCGGAAGCCUCGGCAUCUGAGGUGGCAGCAGCGGGCAUCAACGCCAUCCGAGAGGUCGCGCUCCGGCAGCCGCUCUGCAUGACCGAGACACUGCUGCAGGACCUGGUCAUGUACCAACGGAGUAAAGACAAGGGCGUGGUCAUGGCUGCCAAGGGGCUGCAGUCCCUGUAUCGGGAUGUGUACCCCGAGUUGCUGCAGAAGAAGUACCGGGGCAAGGAGGCUACCAUGGGCUUGCGCUCGGGCGAGGUGAAACAGCCGAAGUUCGGUGAGGAGGAAGCAGGGGGCAUCGAGGGAAUCGAGCUUCUCGAGAAGUAUAAGGAAGAGCAGAGGAGGCGGAAGCGGGAGGAACAAGGUGCAGCAGAGGACGGGGAUGGCGAGAAGAAGGAGGACGACGACGACGACGAAGACGAUAGCUUCAAUUCAGAUGAAUGGGAGGUCGCCUCGACGGACAGCGAGUCGUCGGGCGGCUGGAUCGAUGUCAGCAGCGAAUCGGAGGACGACGAGCCAGCCAAAAAGCGCCGACGGAAAGAGGGCUCAGAAGAGAUUCCCGAACUCGUGGACACGUCGAAGGGGGAAGAUGAUGCCACGGCCGAGCGCAACAGGAUAUCCAAGCUGGCGACUACGACGAUCCUCACGCCAGCCGACCUCGCCAAGCUGGAGGAGCUCAAGCGCGAGGCCAAGAUCGACAAAGUCCUUGGGCGACAGUCGAAGCGCAAGAAGGAGCUCAUCGACAAGCACAUCGAGGACGGGCUCACGGCCGAGGACAUCGAGCUGCCGGCGCAGCUGGGCAAGAAGACGACCAAGGAGGAGCGCAUCGCGCUCGCGCGCGAGGGCAAGCCCGCCCGCGAGGAGCACAAGUCGACGCAGGCGAUCCGCAAGGCCAAGAAGGAGGCCGAGGGCAAGAGCACGACGAACCGCGAGAAGGCGCGCAAGAAGAACUUCCUCAUGACCAUCGGCAAGGCGCGCGCCAAGAACAAACGCAGCCUGGUGGAGGCGCGCAAGACGCUGCGCGCGCACAUCGCGAGGAGUAAGAGCGGAGGGCGCAGGAGGAACGGCAUGUAGUUUACUGGGGAAGGGCCAGACACGUCGUGAUUCGCAGAAAUGGGCUUAUUUGAGUGGCAAUCUCAGAUUCCCAUUGCAGUUCGACAAAGGAAAUGCUACUUACCUAAACCUUACCUACCUUGCUAUACAGGUAUCGAGGGUUUCGGAGAUAUG